UGAGUGUUGGUUAUUCAGGACAUGUCAGUGCAGCAACAGCGCAAACACAUCACGGAUUUCCUUUCGUACUUUCUCUACGGAGUAUACUCUCACAAAAGAACAUUUCAUGGUUUAGUGUUCGAAAUUUGAAAUCUUUGUAUUGGGCGAAUAAGUUGUUCUUGAGCGUAAACACUCGAAAAUGUCAAUGUGUCGGUGUCGGGAGUGGUGACCAGGCGACGGGUAUACUUUGUCUAGCUGAAAUUAAUGUCGGGAACAGUUGCGGAAGGACUACAAGGGGAAAUUCCGUUGUUUUCCUCUGAUUACUCUGAUUAUCCUGUCCUCCGCGUAAACGAAUUUCUUCGAGUCCUGGAUUAACCUAUCAUAAAAAAUGUAUAAUGCAGUCGGUGUCAUGGAUUUACUAAAGAAAGCGGGCUUCAUUAUCCAGACUCGUCCAUCAUGCCUGCUUAUAUUGGAUCAUGGCAUCACUAUGGGGCCAUAAUGUCCGAGCCCAGACCUACAAGUAAACUAUCCUCAAAGAUCUACGAAUCGAAGGCCCCACCCAUGCCAACCGUAUGGCCAAACAACCAGACGAGUCAGGAUUUCGUCAAUGUCACGCCACAGACGACAGUACCGCCAUGUUUGUACGAACUUCGCUUAGCCAAUCAGGACCUCGGCAGUAUUCUCUUCAUUUUAUUCGUACCGGUUACGUGCAUCAUUGUCAUCCUUGGCUUGAUAAACAACUCCUUAUGCUACAUUAUCAUGAGAAAAUUCAACAAAAAAUCUACUCCGAAUUUUGUGAUGAGGGUUUUGGCUGUAGCUGAUAAUAUGGUGCUCUUUUCGCUGAUACUUUACAAUACGUUACCGGCCACUUACGAAUAUACUGGACACUUGUUGGAUUACUAUCAAGCCUUUCAACACAUGAAGGGAUACCUUUGGUUUUUCAUGUGGUUUAGUAAGACAUUCUCUGUGUACAUCAUAGUGCUGAUGACAGUUGACAGAUACAUUGCCCUCUGUCACCCGCUAAAGGCUCAACGGCUCUGCACAAGGAAGAAAGCCUGGUUUGGCGUGGUUUCUGUGAUAAUUUUCUCUGUGUUGUACAACUUACCGAAGCUUUGGUAUCUGAAGAUAGUGUUUAAAUACGAUCCUUGCAGCAGUACCAUGAAACCAACCGUCAUUCUCUCGGAUACAUACAGUAACCCAUAUUUUCAGCAUAUCUACAUCCAAGGUGCCUAUAUUCUCGUUAUGUUUGUUGUGCCUCUCCAUGUUUUGUUAAUACUGAACAUAUUUCUUGUGAACGCGAUAAGAAAGGCUACAAAAAAUCGUCAGACGAUGAACAGCACUGGCAAAAAGGGCCGGGAUAGCGUGACUGAACGAAUCAUUGGAGUAGUGACAAUGUUCAUCGUUCUUGAGUCCCCCUCCAUCAUCGCAAAUGUUUUAAUCACAGUUAACCAAUGGGCUGACGGGAAACUCAUGGAUUACGAAGCUCUCCACUGGGGAGCUCGCAUUGGCUAUGUCCUCUCAGCUAUCAACUCGUUCAUCAACUUCUAUAUCUACGUCCUCGUGGGUAAGCGCUUCAGGAGACAUUUCUUGAGUCUGUUUCAUAGAAAUAAGGAGUCUCUUAAUGACUCUUUAAUGUCUGGCCAGCAGCGAUCCGUAUCUCAUAACAACGGACGGCAUCUCUCCAGACAGACAACUCGGGAUACCAUCCUUAACGGGAACAAUGCUGCCCUCGCUGCCUUACUGAUACAUGCUGAUGGCACGAGGACUCGCUCUCCUUCUGUGAGCCCGCAGACUCCAAAGUCGUCGACUCCGAAAUGGCCACCAGAGAGUCCGCGUACACCAAGGACUGGGUCACCUCGGCAUGGACAUAGUCCUCGCGGCAUUCCUGGGAUGGGAGCAAAAAAGAAUCUUUUCUUUUCAAGUCGAUGUUAGUAACCGUCUUUUUGUUUGCUGUGUACAGAACUUUGGUACGAAAAAAAGAGAAUUCUGCAAUUCGUAACAUUUUAGCAGUUUGUUGUAAGAUAGCUGACGAAUCUUUUUGUGAAAUAAUAUCAUUGACCUGUACUUUAAAAUGGGUGUUAUAAUAUAUUUAUGGAUAUGGUCUAGUCAAUGAUAAGAGAGUUCCUAGAGAGUUCAGUCCAAAGGUUACACCGCGGACGCAGUGGACCGGCCUCGUCCCGUCGCCCUUUACAUGAGAAGAGACGAUCAGGAAAACGAAACGGACUGCCCCGGGAGUCGAAAGCACUUAUCUUGUCUGAAUAAGUGAUUUCUCUCGCACAAAACAAUAAUGUCGCGUGGUUGUUCUGGUCAGGAAAUGUGUGUGCGUGUGUGUGGGGGGGGGGAGACAACACGAUAUCGCGGACCUAAUUUUUGCGAGAUGAUGUUUCGGCGUGAAAAAAACUGUUCCUGUGUGCACGUUUUGGUAUCGAUUUGAUACAUACCGGUUUUCAUACCAACGUGGUCAUCCUUAAUUACCUGAGUCAGUCGUAUGUUCCUUCACCGCCUCACAUGUUACUGAGCUCGGUCAUAACAGACGCGUGAAAGGCCCUGAAAGUUUAGUGCUCGUGGUCGUUCAGCUUCCGGUGCGACCGCCACUUAUCUUGGCGGAACGUCAUUUGGCACAUCCUGAACCUCUGUGCAGUACUCGGCACUAAUGACCGAGAUUUAUGCUCUGAACAAACCCACACGCUGCCAGCGGGAUUGCCGGCUGUUCUCUUACUAAUCAAAACAUCCACGCCGUUCGAUGUUUAAUGUGUAACGUGUGCGAGGGGAGGGGAGAGGCACACGACUAACCCUGGUAUUCGACGAUGCAUAUGGCGGAGUCAUUGAGGAUCCGCCGGCUGACUUAAUGAUGGCAUAGCGGGAGCUAUCCCUAAAUGGAAAUUCUGCAGGAAAAAAAUUGAAUUCAUCGGUUUAUCACGGACCUACAUGUAUAUUUGUUUGCAGUGUAACACUGUAAGCAAACUGUCACGAGCGAGGAAUCUUCAUUUGACAAAUGGCUAACUACACAUCAAAGUCAUCCCAAAUUUUCAACUGUAAAGAAGGACUGUUAGACAAUGUGUAUAUAAGAUCAAUGUAACUAUCAGCAUAUAUUCAAAGACGAAAUAAAAUGGCACACUCAGUACAUGUAAUUUCCUUAUUUGCCCUAAAUCCUUCUCUACUCAUGACUACUAUUUCCCGCCAUGUCGCCAAAGAUUGU